AUGGAGAACCUCAAUGACGACAUCCUCCUUCUGAUUGGAGAUUAUCUUGACGGGCAUAGUGACCGCCACAAUGCUAUCUUCGUCAACAGGCGCUUUCAUGAACUGUUUUCUCGCGCUCUAUACCGGUCAGCCUCUUUAAAGAACCUCUCGCAAGUCCAGUCGUUUUUGAAAGCAAUCACGCUGCGACCAAGUCUAGCUAGCGUGUUGCGUUCGCUAGACUGUGCGGGAUGGGAUUCCUCGAGUCCGCAGCCUCGUUUGAGCGAGGAGGAAUUCACAAUUUUCUCGCUCUCGGCAAAGACGAAUAGCCAUUCAGCGGAAGAGCACUCCCAAUGGGUAAAUGAUCUGAUCGAGGGUAUAGACGAAGCGUGGAUUGCGCUGCUGCUGUCGUCCGUUCACAAUAUCAGAAAGCUCAAUCUGGUUUAUCCGCACCGCCUGGAAUCACGGGGCUACCUGGACCGGUUGUUCGUCAGGGCUACGACGCAUCAGAAACCGUUUGACAGGUGCCCGGCUUUUCAUCGACUGCAUGAAGUGUCUUUGCGACAACGAACUCGGGAUGACGAGGACAAGGGCACAAUGUCUCCGUCGCAAAUCAUGCCGUUCUUGCGGAUGCCAUGUCUAACUACACUUGCCGUGGACUCGCUUAUUGAACACCGACCGGAGCCGGCAGACGAACUAAACGACAAAGAAGAAAUAAAUGAACCUCCGUUGGAGAGAUCUCAAAGUCAAUCAUUCACCGAAAUAACUCUCACCUCCAGCAAUGCCCUCGAAGGCCUCGAGUCAAUUCUCUCCUCUUGCGCCUCCCUGAAGUCCUUUAAAUACCAGCACACAGAUGCCCUCCUAGCAGAGGGCUUCCGACCAUCCGCAUUCAAUACAUCUCUCUCACGGCACAAAUCGACGCUCGAAACAAUGUGGCUUGAUAACCUCGGCACGCAUCUCCCAUUUACCAUUAGCGGAGUCAAUGAAAGUCAUGAGGAAUGGUUCGGCUCGUUCGCGGAUUUCACAGCACUCAAAGACCUGCGCAUUCGGCUGCCAAAUCUCCUGGACAUACAGUAUUCAUUUGAGCCGCAAACACCCUUAGUUGACGUUCUCCCUGGGAGUAUCGAGUCCCUGUACAUUGAGGACUGCAAGGAAAGAUCGUUGGGGAUGUUGCUUGACCAGGUUGGGUUGGUGCUUGACGCGCGGAAUCGGAAGACGAGGUUCAAUGCCCUGAGGCGCUUGGAUAUCGAGGGCUUCUUUCAUGACGAUGAGGAGGAUGAAGACACGUCUGGUGGUGGCAAUGGAGGCAGAGUCAUCAAACAGCGUGUUUAUGAGAUGGUGGAGCCCCUGGGGGGUGUUUGUGAAGAGGCUGGUAUCAAGCUAUCUCUGCGGGAUCGGAUGUGCUUGCAUACCAUGCAUUAA